CAUUGUGCAUAGAAGCAUAUAGAUCACAUGAAUGGAUGCAUCCAUACUUUUUGCUCUGCUGCUUGCCUUGUUCAUACCCAUUCUCCUGCACCUUGUUAUUAGGCACAAAUACUCAUCCUAUAAUCUCCCUCCAGGUUCCCUUGGCUUUCCAUUGAUUGGCCAGAGCAUCUCCCUACUCCGUGCCCUCCACAGUAAUACCGAUUAUCAAUGGUACCAGGACAGGAUAAAGAAGUAUGGUCCAGUGUCCAAGAUGUCAGUGUUUGGUUCACCGACAGUCUUUUUGACUGGCCCGGUGGCUAAUCACUUUGUAUUCAGCAACCAGGACCUCAUUUUCACUCAAACAAAAGCGGUGAACGCCCUCAUGGGACGCUCCAUACUGACGCUCUCAGGUGAGGAGCUGAAGCAGGUCCGUAGCGUACUCCAGGGAUUUCUGAAGCCAGAGAUGGUGGCAAAGUAUAUUUGGAAGAUGGAUGAGGAAGUCAAGAGACACAUUGACCUAAACUGGGUUGGUAAUAAGACUGUCACGGCUGCACUGCUGGCGAAGAGGCUUACAUUUAACAUCAUCUGCUCGGUCGUUUUUGGACAAGGGGCAGGUCCUAUCAGAGAAGCCCUUGUCACUGACUUUGCAACAAUGAUAAAGGCUACGCUAUCGAUUCCAGUGAAUAUACCCUUCACCAAGUUCAAUAAGGGCUUGACCACGAGUCAUAGGAUCAGAAAUUUGCUUAGGCGGAUUGCUCGUGAAAGGGAAGCAGCAUUGCAGCAAGGGCUUUGCAGUUCAGAUGAUGAUUUCUUCACAUACAUGCUUUCUUUACGCUCUGAAGGCGUGCACUCACUCACAGUGGAGGACAUUGUGGACAAUGCAAUCGUACUACUGACUGCUGGCUAUGAGACAUCGUCUGUUCUUAUCACCUUCUUGCUCCGGUACCUAGCGAACGAGCCAGACAUCCUUAGCAAGAUAACCGAGGAACAAGAUGAGAUUGCUUGGAACAAGAGGCCUAAUGAACCUUUGACAUGGGAUGAUGUUUCAAGGAUGAAGUACACAUGGAAGGUAGCAAUGGAGACGCUACGGACAACUUCUCCACUGUUUGGAAGCUUCCGAACAGCUCUCAAAGACAUUGAAUACCAGGGUUAUCACAUUCCAAAAGGCUGGCAAAUCUUCACAGCUCAAACUGUGACACAUUUGGAUGCAAAGUAUUUCGAGGACCCAAACAAGUUUGACCCUGCUAGAUUUGGCAAUCAGUCUUCGAUCCCGCCCUACUGCUUUGUGCCAUUCGGGGGAGGCCCAAGAAUGUGCCCUGGAAAUGAGUUUGCCAGGAGCGAGACACUGGUAGCAAUGCAUUACCUAGUGAGGCAGUUCAGGUGGAAAUUGUGCUGCAAAGAAGAAGGCUGCCGGAGAGAUCCUAUGCCGAAUCCUGUUCUUGGACUCCCAAUUGAACUUGAGACCAGAACGCCCCCUGAACAUCCUCGUUCUUGAUAUGAUCCCAUAUGUUUCUGUCUAGUACCACCCGUUUCAGUUUAUGCUUUAUCUAUGUGGUUGGAGAAUUGUAUUGUUGCCCGUGUGAAGAUUGUGGUGAAGUUAUUCAGAAAUACAAUGACUUAUGAUCAUUGGGUAGAGAAAUGUGUAAUGGCUUAUAAUAAAAGAGAUCGCUUAGGGCAUCCA